AUGGCCCGUCUGCUGCAUCUGCUGCACUGGACCUGGGUCGGUGUGGUUGCAGGAGAUGAUGAUUAUGGCAUUCAUCGCCACUAUCACUAUAUAAACACGAAUAAGACCUGGACUGAAGCUCAGAGAUACUGCAGAGAGAACUACACAGAUCUGGCCACAGUCCACAACAUCAAUGACAUGAACGAGCUGAAGAACACUGUGAAUAACAGACAGGUGAUUGUCUGGAUUGGACUGAAGAGAACAGGUGGUUAUCAAUGGAAGUGGUCUCUGGGUGGUCCUGUGAAGUAUCUGAACUGGGAAACUGAACCAUCAGAUCACACAAAUAAUUGUGCUGUUAUGAGAAAUGGAGCAUGGCAUCAGCAGGACUGUGGUGUGGCGUCACAGUUCAUCUGCUACAAUGGUGUUUCAAAGGAUUUCAUCAUCUGUGAAUCACAGACUUUCCUUCUCAGCUGUGACCAGGGAACCAUUAAAGUCCUUUCAGCCAAUUAUGGGCGCACAGACGGACAGACCUGCUCUGCUGGAAGACCAGAUGACCAGAUAUCAAAUGUUCAGUGCACUCUGAGUACAUCUCUAAGUGUGGUGGCCACUCUGUGUGAUGGAAAAACGAGUUGUUCUUUGAACUCUGCAGUUUUCACUGAUCCUUGUGGUGGAACUUACAAAUACCUGAAUGUGUCUUAUGAGUGUGUCGCAGCACCACCAAGUGAGUUUUACACCCAACUGACACCAAACCCUUGCAAAACAGUAUACAGGAGUAAAGUUUAA